UUCUUCGAUCUUCCAUCUCCCAUCUCCCAUCUCCUUUUAUAGAUAGAUUAUUCUUAAUUUUCCUAUUCUUGUGCAGAUUUCUCUUCAGUAGGAUAUUGCUUUAUCUCUUUGCUGUAUUGCUGACUCCAGUAUUUUUCAGGGCUUGUUAUUGCUGUAGUGUUUACACAUGUAUAGCUGGCUUUGUUUUUGAGAAAUAGAACGACUUUGCAUUUUUAUUCUUGUACUGGAUCGACUGCAGCUCCAUUCUUUCAUUUUUUGACAAAAUCUUCAUCUUUAUUGCUAAACCGAACUAGAACUAGCUAUAUCAAAACAAGAUGGAUUUUAUCUGCUACCUUGUGUUCUAGAGUAGUAUGCUCUCUCCUUUGCAGUCAUUAUAAUCUCUAGCCAUUUCUGGAAUGCAACCAUCAGAUUAGUGCAGUCUACCAGAAAAACUUCGGAUGGACAAUAUAGUGGAUUCCUUGACUACUGCCCAUCAAGAGUUCAUUUCUGCAGCAGCUAGUACAUUGGAAGCAAAGGAGAACUCAGGUGGUCAAAAAACUCCUGCCACUGAUGCUGCACUAGAGAAUUUCAAGCAACGUUGGGAGCUUUUCCGAGUUGCUUGUGAUCAAGCUGAAGAAUUUGUGGAAUCUGUAAAGCAAAGAAUUGGGUCCGAGUGUCUUGUGGAUGAGGCUACUGGCUCUGUUGCUCCUAGACCUGGCCAGCCUGCUCCAAGUGGUCUUCCACCGAUCAGUGCUGUUCGCUUGGAGCAAAUGAGUAAAGCUGUUAGAUGGCUGGUGAUUGAACUGCAACAAGGGUCUGGGGCUGGAGGUGGCACGUCGCAUCCUAACUCCGCCGCUCCUUUUGAUGCUAGAUUUACCGAAGAUCCUGCUCAAUAGGUGAAACCAACCUCUGGUGCAAGAUUCUUCUUCUUAGCCCUUUCAAAAGAAUUCAGCGUAGGAAGAUAGGCAUUUAUGCCCCUGAUGUUAUCUAAUCAGGAUGAAGGUUCCAGUCUCCAGUCUGUGUAAUUAGGCAAAAUUGGCAGUCACGGCUAUACUGUGAUAUCUGAAAAUGAUGAAGAAUGAAACACACGGUCUCAAUGAUACUUGUGGCUUACUAUGUGUUAUUUGGGGAAGCAUUGAAACUUAGAUAUUGUACUGUUGUUUCACUUUUCUUGAGACAGAGCAACACCAUUACCAAAGUCCAAAAGAGGAUGUAUGUGAUUCUGAUUUUGAGAAGCCAUAUGUGUGAUAUGUGAAGUAAUUUGGCUGA